AUGAGAUUUGCAAACUUCGCCGCCAUUUUAUUCGCAGGAGCUGUGCUUGCUAAAAACGUCGUCUUCUUGGAUGACUUGCGUGCAGCAUUAGAUUCCGAUUCGGACCACUCUGGAAAUUCAAAGAGAGAAGCCAAAAACGUGGUUUCCUUGGAUGACUUGAAAGCUGCUAUUGACAAGCAGGAACAGCAAGAUUCCAAAAACGAAGCCAAAAAGUUCUUCAAUAAACUUGGAAAGAGAAGUCAGGAUGUGGUGAAGGUCGGUGCGCCACUCCUCCAGAACUUGCUUCCUCAGAUUUCCUCGGUGUCCAUCUUUGCUGGUUACUUGAGAGAUGACCAGGAGUUGCUCCAGGAAAUGGAGAAUACGAAGUCGUUCACAAUUUUGGUAGCACCAUCGGAUAAUGCGAUCGCCACCAAGUUAAACGGUGUCAAGCCUUGGGAGUUCCCUAAGAAGGUUAUGGACGAUGAGACCGACGACAAGGUUGUAGCAUACAAUAUCAACCACUUUUUGAAGGCACAUAUACUGACGGUGAUCGGAAAGGUAGAGACAGAUAAUGAGCUCAAGUCUGUUUUACUUGAUGGAAGAGAAAUCGUUGUCAAGAACGAUCCAACCACCGGCACUUAUCUGUUGAAAGUGGAUGGUAAGUGGAUUGAGGUAACAUCGGUGAGCCUGGCUGACAACGGAAUUGUGUUUGUCGUUGAGGAUGUGUUGUCUUUGCCUGAGGCAUAG